AGCUUCGCUUUCACCCCGGGAGGCCCGCUGUAUGAGAUGGAGGGCGGGCUAAAGGCGGGACGAGACCCGAUUGAGCGCAGUUGUGACCAAUCACCUUGCGGAAUAUUCGGCCUAUAGCGAAGGAGAAGCUCAGAACAAAAAGAAGGCCCCACCCCCGCUGACGGAGAAAACCUAUGAAACCCGGGCGGAGGCGUGUGGAGUUGGGUAGAAAGCGAAAUCACGCCUCUUCAGUCAGCCACGCCCUUUAUUCUUGCUCAGCCUCGCCACAGAGAGCAAAUCCGAUUGGCUGGGCGACAACCUCAAAGGGCGGGGCUGUACACGUUCACUAUGGGAAUAAGGUAGCGGUUGGGGGGGCAGAUGGGCGGGGAUAGGCUGUCCUAGGUAAGGUGGUAAAGGCCAAUAACUCUUCAGGCUGCCUCUCCUCGAAAAGUCAUCUUCUCGCGAACCUUUAAAAUGCCUUCCUCCCCAGGCACCUCAAGGGACUAGAACGGAGUGCUUCAUUUCUCUUUUUCCUCCUUGCAAAAGUCCCGUUUGCCACCAUGGGGAUGUACCAAGUGAGACUGAGUAGGGGGAGCGAGUGGUGAUGGACGCGCCAGGUUACUGGCCGCUGCUCACCUAGGCGCUAGCAAACUUCUGCCAAGAUCGGAACUGAGUACUAAACAGCCUCCACACUUCUCCCUGGUGCCGUCCCCGGCCUGGCGCCGCAUCCCCCUGUGGGCUCGCGAUGGCCGCGUCCCCUCCCGCUGCGGACGGGUCCUUUGGUACAGGCAGUCCGAGUCACUAUUCCAGGUCCUCAGGACAUAGCCGUGACCUAAACACAGAAAUCUACCCUGGCGGAGCUGAUCUUCUAGUUGUGGCGAUCGCCAUGGAUCGGAUGAAGAAGAUCAAACGGCAGCUGUCAAUGACACUCCGAGGUGGCCGAGGCAUAGACAAGACCAAUGGUGCCCCUGAGCAGAUAGGCCUGGAUGAGAGUGGUGGUGGUGGCGGCAGUGACCCUGGAGAGGCCCCCACACGUGCUGCUCCUGGGGAACUUCGUUCUGCACGGGGCCCACUCAGCUCUGCACCAGAGAUUGUGCACGAGGACUUGAAGAUGGGGUCUGAUGGGGAGAGUGACCAGGCUUCAGCCACUUCCUCGGAUGAGGUGCAGUCUCCAGUGAGAGUGCGCAUGCGCAACCAUCCCCCACGCAAGAUCUCCACUGAGGACAUCAACAAGCGCCUAUCGCUACCAGCUGACAUCCGGCUGCCUGAGGGCUACCUGGAGAAGCUGACCCUCAAUAGCCCCAUCUUUGACAAGCCCCUCAGCCGCCGCCUCCGUCGUGUCAGCCUAUCUGAGAUUGGCUUUGGGAAACUGGAGACCUACAUUAAGCUGGACAAGCUGGGCGAGGGUACCUAUGCCACCGUCUACAAAGGCAAAAGCAAGCUCACAGACAACCUUGUGGCACUCAAGGAGAUCAGACUGGAACAUGAAGAGGGGGCACCCUGCACCGCCAUCCGGGAAGUGUCCCUGCUCAAGGACCUCAAACAUGCCAACAUCGUUACACUACAUGACAUUAUCCACACGGAGAAGUCCCUCACCCUUGUCUUUGAGUACCUGGACAAGGACCUGAAGCAGUACCUGGAUGACUGUGGGAACAUCAUCAACAUGCACAACGUGAAACUGUUCCUGUUCCAGCUGCUCCGUGGCCUGGCCUACUGCCACCGGCAGAAGGUGCUACACCGAGACCUCAAGCCCCAGAACCUGCUCAUCAACGAGAGAGGAGAGCUCAAGCUGGCUGACUUUGGCCUGGCCCGGGCCAAGUCAAUCCCAACAAAGACAUACUCCAAUGAGGUGGUGACACUGUGGUACCGGCCCCCUGACAUCCUGCUCGGGUCCACGGACUACUCCACUCAGAUUGACAUGUGGGGUGUGGGCUGCAUCUUCUAUGAGAUGGCCACAGGCCGGCCCCUCUUCCCGGGCUCCACGGUGGAGGAACAGCUACACUUCAUCUUCCGCAUCUUAGGAACCCCAACUGAGGAGACGUGGCCAGGCAUCCUGUCCAACGAGGAGUUCAAGACAUACAACUACCCCAAGUACCGAGCCGAGGCCCUUUUGAGCCAUGCACCCCGGUCUCUUUGUCCUUGUGGCAGACUUGAUAGCGACGGGGCCGACCUCCUCACCAAGCUGUUGCAGUUUGAGGGUCGAAAUCGGAUCUCCGCAGAAGAUGCCAUGAAACAUCCAUUCUUCCUCAGUUUGGGGGAGCGGAUCCACAAACUUCCUGACACUACUUCCAUAUUUGCACUAAAGGAGAUUCAGCUACAAAAGGAGGCCAGCCUUCGGUCUUCGUCGAUGCCUGACUCAGGCAGGCCAGCUUUCCGCGUGGUGGACACCGAAUUCUAAGCCACAGACCGAGGCCCCAGCAGGCAGCGGCUGGAGGGAUGCCACACCCCUCACAGGGCAGCCCCCAACUACAUUUUCCCUGCUUACUCUGCCUACCUGCCUGAGCCAUGUUCACCUGCCCACUUGUCCCUUGCUGCCUGUCCAAACACCCGACCAUUGGCCUGUCAACCCACCCAUUGGCCUGUCUGCUGGGUGCUAACAAAGCUCUCAUCACUCCUUCA